AUGGCCGGCAGUGGAGGAGAUGGCGGGGCGGAGCUGGCAGAGGCGCGCAUGGCAGCAGAGGAGAUGGCGGGGCGGGUGGGGCGGCUGGAGAGCGAGGUGCAGCGCAAGGAGCGCGAGAUGCUUCACAGCCGCGAGGAGGCGGACGCUGUCAGGGCGCAGCUGCAAGCCACCCAGCAGGUAGGCACGGCGCAGCUGCAAGCCACCCAGCAGGUAGGCACGGCGCAGCUGCAAGCCACCCAGCAGGUAGGCACGGCGCAGCUGCAAGCCACCCAGCAGGUAGGCACGGCGCAGCUGCAAGCCACCCAGCAGGUAGGCACGGCGAGCGGCUGUGGAGGGGCGAAUGAGGGGCUCAAUUGCUGUGUGAGUGGGGAGGGGUUGAGUGAGGGAGUCAAGCUGCUCAUCUCUGCGCGGCAGGCGAGGGAGGAGCAGGCGGGCAGGCAGCAGGCGGAGGCGGCGGUGGAGGAGGAGAGAGCGGCGGCGGCAGCGGCGGUGGCGGGGCAGAUGAGCGCGGAGCAGCGGCUGAUGGAGGCACAGGCGCGCGUGCAGCUGCUGGAAGGCGAGGUGGACUCACUCAAGGUGGGGUGGGCAAGGGAGGGGAGGGGAGGGGAGGGGAGGGGAGGGGAGGGGAGGGGAGGGGAGGGGAGGGAAGGGGAGGGGAGGGGUGGUGGGAUGGGAUUCAUGAGCUCUCUCACCAACCCUCUCUCUUCCACCCGCCUCCCCACCCCAUCUCGCGUCCUUGUGCUCCCGUGCGGUGUGUGGGCGUGGGAGCAGGAGGUGGCAGCGAGCAAGGACUCGCUGCUGGCGGCGGUGAAGGAGGAGACCAUGCGCAAUGCUGACAUGCUGCUUGCUGCUGCCAACACUCGCAAGGCGGAGAGGAGGGCGCGCGAGCUGACGAUGGAGAGGGAGUCGCUGCGGCGGGGCGUGGCAAAGCGCGACCAGGCGCUGGGGCUCAUGAAGAGAGAGCUCGAACGCACCGCUCACAUGCUCUCCGCCGCUGCUGACACCCGCCAGGUGAGCCCUGCUGCUGACACCCGCCAGGUGAGCCCUGCUGCUCACACCCGCCAGGCAUUACGGAGCAUGAAGGAGCAGAUGGAGUGGAUGCAGGAGGAGGCGCGCGUCAAGGAGGAGCGCCUGGCAGCGCUGCAGGAGAAGUUUGUCUCUGCUCUCAAGGGCACCACCUUCCCAUCGCAUGCGUGCAUGAAUGCACCACUGUUUUUCUUAGUGCUUCGCGCGGACCCGCUGUGGUCGGCGGUGACGGAGCAGGUGGCCAUCGGCGGGAGCGUCACGACGGCGGGUGCGGAGGACGUGCGCGCGCUGCAGACGCAGUUCGGCAUGACGGCCGUCGUUAACGUCGAGGAGGAGAGCGCGAUGAAGGCGCGCGGCAGCAGCUGGGACGAGGAGCGGCGGCGGCUGGAGGAGCAAGGCGUGGUGGCCGUGUGGGUACCCGUCAAGGAGCACGACGCCACAGAGCAGGCGCUGAUGCUGCCGCAGGUGGUGCGGGUGGUGUCGGCGCUGGUGGCGGCGGGGCACACGGUGGUGCUGCAGUGCUCGUCGGGCGACCGCAUCUCGCCGCUCAUCGCCAUCGGGUACCUCAUGUUCGUGCGCGGCAUGCCCGCGGACGCCGCCUCCGCGCUGGUGGCGGAGAGACGCGCCGGCAUCAGCCCGCCCAUGGGCGUGCUCACGGAGGCGACUCCAACUCCGACUGGGUGGUGCGCUCCCCUGCCCUGCCUUCCCCCCUGCCUUCCCCCCUGCCUUCCCCCCUGCCUUUCCCCCUGCCUUUCCCCCUGCCCUCCCCCGUCCCUCCCCUGCUUUCCCCCCUCCCUCCCCUCGCCGCUAUUCUCGCGUGCUGCUCACUUCCCAGUCUGCGAAUCUUCUCAUCUCGCAUUCGCCAGCUUGCCCCCUUCACCCCCCAUUCUCCUUCUCCCCACUCUCUGCCCCGCUACCCCCCUUCCUCACCUCCCCUUCCCCCACUUCCUGCCCCGCUACCCCCCCUUUCUCAACUCCCCCCUGUCGCUGUGCGCCCAGCAAGCCCAGCGCGCGUACAUCAACGAAGCCUUUGCGAAAUGGCUCGCUGCUGACGUCAGCUUCGCAGAGUCUAUCGCCCAGGCGGCGGAGCGCAAGGCGAGGGAGCAGCAGGCAGCAGAGGAGGCGGAGCGGAGGGCUGCUGGGCCCGCCAAGCGCCUGCUCACGCCCAUCCGCUGGAGCGAUUCCGCCAAGGCCCCCGCGCCACCGCAGUCCGCCCCGCCCGCGGCGGGCGCGGGAAGCAGCAGCGAGGCACUGGCGGCGGCGAACCGGCGCGUGGCGGCGCUGAGCAAGGAGCUGGAGGGGGUGACGCGCGUGGCGGACGAGCAGGCGGCGACGCUGCAGCGCGCGGGGCAGCAGGUGGCGGAGCUGACGGGGCAGGUGGAGGCGCUUCAGCGCAAGGAGCGGCUGUACACGGAGGCGCUGGCGCAGGCCAACGAGCGCAUGGAGCUGCUGGGGGAGCGCAUGCGCGCGGUGGAGCAGCAGGGGCGCGAGGAGAAGGAGCGCCUGGAGGGGGAGGUGCGCUCGCUGCGCGCGCGCAUGGAGGCGGACGAGCAGCGCGGCGGGCGCGCGGCGACGGUGAUCCAGGGGCUGCGCAUGGAGCUGCAGGCCGCAAAGGAUGAGGUUAAGGAGCAGUGGGCAGCCGUCGCGCGCGCGGAGAAGAGCAUCGGCGCGCUCAGCGCGCGCGUGAAGGAGGAGGAGCAGCGCGCGCAGCGCGCGGAGGCGGCGGCGCUGGCCGCGGAGGAGGACAAGCGGCGCGCGCUGCGGGAGCUGGAGGGGGCCAAGGGCGAGAGCGUGAGCGAGUCGCAAGACGCGCGCGAGCGCAUGUCGGCGCUUGGCGCGCAGGUGCAGCAGCUGAGCGAGCGGCUCAAGGCGGCGACGAGCGUGGCGGAGAAGGCAACGGGGCGCGCGGACGUGCUGGAGAAGCAGGUGGCGCAGCUGGAGGCGCGCGCGCGCAAGGCGGAGGAGCAGGAGGCGGUAUCCGCGCGCGCAGCGGGGCUGCUGACGGAGCAGGUGAAGGCGCUGGAGGGCAGCGCGGCGGAGGCGGGCGCGCGCGUGGGGCAGCUGAGCGGGGAGCUGGAGCGGCUGCGCAUGCGCGAGGCGGAGCGCGCGGCGGAGGGCGUGGCGAGCGGGGAGCGCGCGAAGCAGCUGAUGGCGCUGGUGAAGGAGCUGUCGGAGAAGGAGGCGCGGCAGCGCGCGCGCACGGAGCAGGUGGAGGCGCAGCUGACGGCGCUGCGCAACCAGGACUCGGAGCUGGCCUCACGCGCUGCUGUGUUCUCCGCCCAAAUGGAGGAGAUGGCCCGCCAGCUGGCGCGGCUGAAUGCGGAGCUGGCGUUUGCGGAGGGGCGCGAGGGCGAGGUGCAGGAGGCGUGGCGCGCGCAGCUGGGGGCAGCGAGCGACGUGAUGGGCGCCAUGGGACCCGAGGCGGCAGCACUGGCGGCAGAGAGGGGCGUGGAGAUGGAGAUGGAGCAGGCUGAGGGGCAGCCGGGCGAGCUGCUCAGGGUGUUGAUGCAGCGGGUGAGCUGUGAGGCGGCGGUGGUGAGGGAGCGCAGUGCACGGCUGAUAGAGGAGACGCACCACAUGCGCCAGCAGCUUGACGAAGCGCGCAACCAGGUGCAGGAGAGGCCGGCAGAGGGGUCGGAGGGAGCAGCAGCACGGCUGAGGGAGUACGUGGAGGCAGCGGAGGCGAUGGCGGUGGAGCAGAAGCAGAAGCUGGUGGACCGCGUGCACUCGCUGCAGUGGCUGCUGGGCGCCACCAUUGCCCUGGCCGUCAUCAUCCCCGCCACCGCCUUCUAUUCCUUCUUCACCGAUGACUCACACGCCACCCAGGUGGAGAUGCUACGGUCGCGCCUGGCAGCAGCAACGAGCGGGCGGCAGGAGCUGGAGAGUGCAGCAGUGAAGGCGGAGGCGAGCAAGCGGGCAGCAAUGAGUGCAGUGCAGACGCUGGAGGAGGUGGUGGAGGCGCAGCGCGGGUCAGUGGAGCGCCUGCAGGCACUCAUUCCGCUCGUGGCACCCUCCAUCCAGUCAGAGCAGGCGGCUCGCUUCUGUGCCAACGUGCCGGUGGAGUACCAGUCUCCCGUCACCCAGCGCUUCUGCUCCGAUAUCGUGCCCCCUUCUGAUGCUGCACCGCCCACUACCGCACAGGACACCUCCUGA